CUCGUAAUUCACAACGAGCUCACUAGUUGAAUAUGCUAGCGGAAAAUAGUCAGGCUCAGCCACCACAGAAGCGUAGAUAUGGCGAUAGUUGCGAGGCUUGUAGGAGAAGGAAGAGGAAGUGCGACGCGCACGAAGCGCCCUGUGCUCAAUGUUUAAAGAGUGGUACAGAAUGUGUCUUUCCCGCCAGCGCGGCUCCUGCAAGAUUAGCACGCACAAUGAACGAGUUAGACUACCACAAGGACUUCAUAGGAAAGUUAUUAGCAGCAACUGACGAAUCGAGAGCCGAAAUGCUCGGCGAUUGGUCUAGAAAGCACAGUACUUCAGCUACACCUUCUACUUCCACAAGUACCAUUGAUAGGCGCAAAAGACGAACGAAUAGCGGCGAUAACAUUCGAGAAGAGCCAACUUCUCCCAAGAAGUUUAAGUACAACGCGGCUUCUCAUUUACACUACCUCGAAGAUCCUCAAAGGACAUCGGUAGAAGGCAUUCCAUUAUCGAACGUGCCACCUGAUAGAACUGAAAUUCUAGUUUCCAGCGUCCUAGGGAAUCAAGCACUUUCACCAACGUCUCAGAAUAUCGUGCACGAACAGUACACACCGAGCCAGCGACAAUCUGAUCUCUUAUUGACCACUUAUUUCUGCUGGCAGUGCCCACAACAUCUCACAAUCACGAAAUCACUUUUCCUGAGGGAUAUGAAACAAGGAGGGGGCACUUGGUACUCCCCUUUUCUUCUCAAUGCACUCUAUGCACACGCCUCCAGACACUUGACAACUAUAGAAGCAGGCGGUGACUUUGCAUUUAAAGCUAGAGUUUACUUAGCCGGAGAGCUCGACAAACCAUCCUCUAUACCAACUAUACAAGGCUUGCUCAUUCUCGGCGGUAGAGACUGCGCUCUUGGCAGAAUUUCUCAGGGUUUCAUUCUCGCGGGUAUCGCAUUCAGAAUGAUAUCAGAUCUAGGGAUUGACAAGGAAGAUGAAACAGCUCUGUCUAGUAUAAGCCAUGAAGAGCGUACCGUACACAGGCGGGUAGUUUGGAGUGCGUAUACUUGGGAUAAAUUAAUAAGCUUAGUUUUGGGUAGAGCACCCACUUUCCCGAAACCCCAUUGUCCCUUACCGCAGUUCCACGAUGAUAGUGAUAAUGGCGAAUAUUGGGCACCCGUUUUUUUGGAAGAUGAUGGUCCACCACAGGCAGCAAAUUAUCCGCAGGCACUUGCUCACGAAAGUUUGACAUUUGAGAAUUCUUGCAAAUUGUGGAUGAUCAUUGAAGAUAUCUUGACAACGGUCUACGUUACGAGAGCACCUUUUGAAGAAUGUAAUCAGUUUGUUAGUAAUACGCACAAACAGUUACAGACUUAUAUGUGGACCCUCCCUGGUAGUAUAUCCCUUGAUGUUCGGGCACUUCCUUCUAUAUGUCCACCUGUGCACAUAUUAACAUUAAAUCUCCUCACUCGUACAACCUGGAUUCUACUCUAUAGACCAUACACCCUUGCCUCACCAACACCCCCAUUUUCAAACACACCCUUUCCUGAUUCUAUCGAUAUCUGUAGACGCAAUGCUGCUGAGAUCAAUGCUCUUUUCGGUCUCCAUGAGAAAUCUUUUGAUCUCUGUAAUAUGACAUACCUUAUGACGUAUUGCGCCUACGUUAGUGCCACAAUCGACCUUGCAGAGUUACUCUCCAAUGAUCCUAGCCGUAGUCACGACGCAAGGGAAAGACUCGUGUUGACGUUUAGAGUUUUGGCCAAAGGUGCCGAAUACACACCAGGUUUGCAAAGAUCAAUAGCACUACUCAGGCAGCGGUACCUUCAAAAGACUCAACAACAAGCUGAAGCUCAAGAAGCUUCCAUGUCAGCGCAGGCUCCGCAGGCGAGAAGACCACGCGCUACUGAUACAGGCAUACAUCAUACACCACCAACACCGCAUACUAGUCUUCCUGUUAAAGAUGAACCAAUGAUACAGUCAAAUUCAACAACUACGUCUACAUCUGCAUCUAUGAUGCAACAACCUACUAGUCUUCCUACACCUGCAGCAGAAGAUGGUGAACUCGACCUUGAUGGAUGGUUUAGUGCAAUGACAAAUACAAAUUUCAAUGAUUUGUACUUUGAUGGUACAGAAUUGGGUUUGCAGAAUUUCUUUACACCAAAUACACAGCAAGAGCAACAACAACAACAACAACAACAACAGCAACAGCAACAACACCAACAACCGUUGAAUAACUUAUUCCCAGGAACGCCUUAUGCAGAUUUCUUUGAUAUGUCUUUAGCCACUUUUGACAGUUUGCACGGUUCACUUCCAUCUUUCCAAACGUCGAUAAAGAAUGAGGAAGAAUAG